UCGGUAACGGCGAGAUAGCCAGAUGUGUGGCCGUGAUAUUUAGUAGGCUAUGAUUUCAAUCGUCUGAAACAGUGGAACUCUGUACAAGACAGCCGGAAAUAAUCUGUGCUUGUAGCAAUCGGCAUUUUUCAAUAACUGUUGUGCAACCACCUUUUAGAAGUUUAAAUCAGGCAGGCUUCUUUGAUUUCGUCUUUUAUUAACCUGCAAAAACCUUCGAAAUGGCAUUCAACUUUGGUACCCCCUCUACUGGGCAAAGUACUGGUUUUGCUUUCGGUGGUGCUCAAUCCCAGCAACAAACAGCCCCAGCUUUCGGGGCACCUGCUGCAGCUGCUCCAGCCUUAGGAUCAACAUUUGGACAACCUGCACAAAGUAGCUUUAGUUUCGGCCAAACUACCGCAGCACAGCCACCAGCUACUGGUGGUCUCUUUGGAGCAGCAAAACCAGCUAUUUCUUUUGGAACAGGAUCAACUUUUGGAGCACCCACAACAUCUGCUGCUGCUGCCCCAGCUUUCGGCCAAACUGCAACACCAAGCUUUGGAUUUGGUACAGCUGCAGGAGCAACUCCGUCGUUUGGUUUAGGUCAGCCAGCCUCUGCAGCCCCAGCCCCAACAUUUGGUGCCACUUCUACAGCAGCUCCUAGCUUUGGUUUUGGGCAGAGUACUGCAGCUCCUGCAUUUGGAGCUCAGCAACCAUCCACCACUCCUUCAUUCUCAUUUAGCCAACAGCCAACACCGGCUUCAGCCGCACCAUCACCAUUUGGAUUGGGUUCGACCACAGCUUCAACGCCAGCGUUUGGCCAAGCAGCGACUCAGCCAGCAUUUGGACAGACAUCCACUCAGCCAGCAUUUGGACAAACAUCAACUCCAGCCUUUGGACAAACAACUCCCGCCACUCAGAGUGGUCUCACUUUUGGCCAAACAACUGCACCAGCGUCGACAGGCUUGAAUUUUGGUCAACCCGCGGCUAACGCACCAGCAGGAGGAGGUCUUAGCUUUGCUCAAACAGCCGCACCGGCUUCAACGGGCCUCAAUUUUGGACAACCCGCUUCAACGCCCUCGACUGGAGGCUUUGGUUUUGGCCAGCCGACUGCAACAUCUACGGCCGGAGGUUUCGGGGCUCCAAGCAGCGGAGGUUUGACUUUUGCUCAGCCAGCAGCAGCCCCUUCCACGGGAGGCUUUGGUUUCGGUCAGACUGCUGCAGCACCCGCUAGUGGAGGUCUGAAUUUUGGUCAACCGGCUGCGGCUGCGACUACAACGGCCGCUGCAACUCCCUUUGCUUUUAAUCAGCCAGCAACAACCGCUGCACCGACUGCAGCACCUCCAGCCUAUAGUUUCACCACUCCGGCAUCCACCGGAGGACUUAGUUUUGGUCAGCCAGCUACUUCUGCUGCUCCAGCUGCUGGCGGUUUUUCUUUAGGAUCAACUGGAACUUCGACUUUGCCAGGAUUUAGCCAACCAAGCGGUGCAACACUUUCUUUUGGAACCACUAGUACAGCAGCACCUACUUUACCUUCGUUCGGUGCCACAACUACCACCAGCGCUGCUCCGUCGGCUUUUUCGCUUACUCAACCGACCACUUCGGCUCAAGCUCCAGCAUUUCCUGCUCAGCAACCGACAACUACUACUGCGACUCAACCAGCUCCAACCCUCAACUUUGGAUCAACCGCUGCUGCUCCUUCAACAGGUUUUUCAUUUGGAGCCCCAACGUCAACAGCCGAUGCAUCCAAGGCUGCUCCGACUCUCGCUGCCGCAACUACAGCACCGGCCACUACAGCCGUUUCUGCUGCACCGUCGUUUAGCUUUGGAACUUCUGCGCCUGCAUCCACUGCUGCAACGGCCCCAGUUGCGACUUCGUCGAUUGUUACCUCGACAUCUGCAACCCCGACAAGCACCACCAGCACUCCUGGAACUGCUUUGACCUUCCGUCAAUUGGAGGAAUCCAUUAACAAAUGGUCAGUUGACUUGGACGAACAAGAGAAAAUAUUUUUGAAUCAAGCUACUUCGGUAGCCGCAUGGGAUCGUCUUUUAGUCUCCAACGGAGAAAAGAUUGUUGCGCUGAGCGAUUCCGUCAACAGAGUUAAGAAAGAUCAAGUGCGUUUGGAAUCCGAAUUGGAUUUCGUUCGUGCCCAGCAGCGUGAACUUGAGGAGAUGCUCAUUCCCUUGGAAGAGAGUUUGCAACAAGAAGUCAACAACAUGCCACACGAUACUGAACGCGAUCACACAUAUCAGUUGGCCGAGAAUAUCGAUUCACAAAUGAGACGAUUGGCUGACGAUCUGAAGGAGAUCAUCGAGAGAAUGAACGCAGCUAGUCGGCAACACGAAGCCACAGCUGAUCCGAUUGCCAAAAUAGCACGAAUUCUCAACGCUCACACCGACUCACUCCAAUGGGCGGAAUCAAGCUGCACAGCUCUCCAGCGCAAACUUGACGAUGUGGGGCGUGGAUUGGAACAGCAGCGAAGAGAUCAAGACCGGAGUUUUCGUUUUGCUUAAGUUGGCCAACCAGCAUUCAUGUUUCAUACCCUCAUUGAUCACCGAAAUUGCAAAUUGAUGCUCCCCUGUAAUUUUUGUGAGCUUACAAUACACUUUACUAAGUUUA